GUUUCGGGUCUCUUCAGAUUGCCUCCUACCGUCAGGACUCGAGCUCAGUGUGCGACACUUCGUCCCUGGGCAGUGGGUCUUCGUCUCUGGAUGGAGCAAAGGGAGAGGAUACCACGGAGUCAUGAAGCGUUGGGGCUUCUCCGGUGGCGGGUCCGACAAGCACGGGCACAAGAAAUCCCACCGGUCGGCCGGCUCUCUGGGCCAGCGAGGUGUUGGGAAAGUUUGGGUCGGCAAGAAGAUGGCGGGACACAAAGGUCCAGAUCCACGCUGUGUUAAUGCGAAAGUGUUUCGAAUCGAAAGCACCCGGAACCUGAUUUUCCUCAAGGGGGCUUUGCCUGGAUACAAGGGCAGCGUGGUCAAGAUCAGCGAUGCUCGCGGCAAGACAGCCAUGAAGAACAACCACAUCCGACUGCCGUUCCCGACGUUUGUCCCGGUACCCGGCGUGGAGUACCCAGUCACGAUACAGGAGCCGCCACCUCAAAGAGAUCCCUUCCUGUAUCCUGAGCAGCCACUGUACCAGCCGAAUGACUAG